AUCCCCUCCUGCAACAAGCCGCCCUACGACUCGACGUCAGGAGAAAGGAGGGACAAGCCACCUUGGUAACUAGUCAUCUAGUUACCUAGAAGGGGAAUGUUUUACGGAAUCGCUUUUUGCAUUGUUACAUCGGAGGACGGAACCCUCUCCGGGUCACGACCCUUUGGACUCCAAACGAACGUCAACUGGUUGCUCCACCCCUGUAAAACCCCGGAUCGCCACCAUGGCUUGAUCGCAGCAGGUUGCGAUCUCCAGUGGCUUGAUGCGCCAUGUUCUGUGGCUUUCGGCUAAGAUGCUGCUGGCCCUUUUCGGUGGCAUGGUGGAGUUGAUGAAUGGUCUUCUCGUCAGACCCUGGUCGUUGCCGUUCUGGAUUUUGGGACGGCAGCAAGGAGAAGGAACUCGAAAGCAACGCGGAAGGGGAAUGAAUGGUGGUUGCCCGUCCACAUCCCCGGCACUUGCUACCCUCUCACGGGGGCGCUUAUAAAACAACCACUCAACGCUAAG